AUGCUGAUGUUGAUGGCUCAGGUCGACAUGGUUGCCGAGCUCCGGGGGGAUGGGCCCGGAGAGACUGCCGGCGGAGAGGCUGAGGUUGACGAGGUUUGCCAGUCUGCCGAGCUCCGGGGGGAUGGGCCCGGAGAGGUAGUCGGCAAAGAAGCUGAGAUUGACGAGGUUCGUCAAUCUGCCGAGCUCCGGGGGGAUGGGCCCGGAGAGGUAGUUGGGCAAGAAGCUGAGGCUGCCCCCCCCCUCCGGGCUCCUGGUACAAUCGCCGGCCCCGUCCAGCCGGGGGGGCGCCCCGGCGUGCCGGGGCCCCCAGGCGUGCCGGGACCCCCAGGCGUGCCCGGUUCCUACACUGGCGUGCCCUCGUCCACAACGACGCUCAACGUCUAUUUUGUCGUCAUUAUUAUCAAUACGGGCCAGCCCCCCUGCAGAGAAUUGACUGUGUCUGAAACGCGCAUCACCAACACGAGCAUCCUGGUCGGCAACACUACCCAGUGCAACACGACGGAGAUAAGCACCGUCACCAACACGACGACGUGCGGCAGACCCGGGAUGGCGGACGUGCGGGUCAACACCACGACCACCACCAAUACUUUGUGCCUGCCGGUUGUCACCCCGCCCCCACCCGUGAACGUCACCGGGACCCCAACCCCCACGCCUACGAACAUGACCAACGUCACCGGGACCCCAACCCCCGCGCCCACGAACAACGGGACCGCUCCCCCAACCCCCUUCCCAACCCCACCCAACAUCACCGCUGCCCCCCCCCAUUCCCCCCUCUUCCAAACCCAGGAAACAAUGGCACCCUAA